AUGAGGAAGGAGAUCAUCAUUCGGAUGUAUGUGAACUCGGAGAAAUACCAAACCAAAGCCAUGAAAGUGGCAGCUACGGCUACCGCUUUUCCGUUAAUUAAUUCAAGCCAGCGUUGGCACGAGAUGAUUAACUGGGUUGGGACUUGGGAGGAGUAUGCAGGGGUGGAGUCGGUGACGCUGGCCGGCGGCGACAAGAAUCUGCUGCUGGUGAUCGGCGACGACGUGGACUCCAACAAGCUGACCAAGAGCCUCAAGAAGAAGGUGGGCGCCGCGGAGAUCGUGGAGCUGAGGACGCUCGAUACGUUCGGCGCGUCGUCGCUCCCGCUCCCGGCGGGGACCAAGGGGGCAGUGGCGCCGGGGCGGUCGCCGUACAACGGCUCGCAGCACUACCAACUAUUCAAGUUGGCUGUGUGCAUCUUAGAUAUGCAGAGGUCGGGCGUUGCUCAUUAUGCUUUGUAUCCACUUGAUGCUACAUUUUGA